UCAAGUCGAAGAUAUUUAUAGCAUAGUAUGCAUAUACAUAUAUAUUCGUGUAGAUUGUAACAUAAGGAAAUCGUAACAGCUCAAAAUGAAUUCUAUGCACAUCUUGGACAUGCCCGACGACUGCUUGCUCAUGGUAUUUCACAAUCUGGAUUUGAUGAGUCAGUGUAACUUUGCGUUCACCUGUGCGCGAUUUAGAGUGAUCUACGACAUGGUUUAUAAGCAGCAUUUCCGUUGUUUCACGUGGUACGAGCCCACGAACCAUUGGACUACGCUGGAAGUAGAGGAGUUCUUUCAGCUGAACGGUCAUAAGAUGCGCAUGCUGGCCGUAUCGGAUUUGCAAGAGAAAUACUUUGAGCUGCCGCUGAUUAGCAAGGCCAAUCAUAUGAUCAAUGUGUGUGUAUAUCUCAAAAAUCUGCAAUCCCUGAUAUUAUCCAUAGAUCAUAAGCUUGUCGAUAUUAUUAUUGAAGUAUGUAAGCAUUUGCACAAGUUGGAGAAUCUUGUGGUCGACUGUGCCUCCCAUCCCAAUUAUGAGUUUCUCGUUCUGUUGCCAUGUCUGAAGAGCUUGGAUAUUAAUUAUUUUGUCAACCCCCAUGACAAGGUAUUCCAGAGAUUCGCUGAGCUACGUCCAGAUGCCUUAGAACAUGUGCGCAUUGGCUCGGAAAUCACGAUGAAGCAGGGCAAGUAUAUUGCACAUCUGCGUCGCCUUACACUGUUGAACGUCUACAAUCCCUGCUAUCAUUUCUUCAACGGAGUUGUCCUUCAGUUGCUCAAUUUGCGAGUCCUUAGCAUAACGUCUGCCCAAGAAUUGCGAUGGCAUGAUUUCAGGCAUUUGGUCAUGCAUCUUACGUUCCUUUCUACUUUAUACAUUAUUCAAUGCUCAGAUAUAGGCAACGAGUUUAUAUUAUUUGUUAUUCAACAUUUAAAUGCGGAAAUGGAGCGAUCAGUCAAUUCCCGUCGCUUGCCUUUUCAUUUGGAACUGUCCGAAACUAGCGUAACGGAUGAUAUAAACGAGAUUGAACCCAUUAAGUCAUCACAUUCGCUACUCAAAGUUGUUCUGAAAAACAUGGAAAAUUAUGCUAAUUAGAAUUGUUGGCGGCUAAGCGAUAUACGAUUAACUUUUAAAAGUUGGAAAAGGGAAAUAUGAACAAGGUAUCAAAACUCAAAGUCAGACUCCUAAUUGAAAUCAACUUAUAUCGGAGCAUGAUUAACACGU